AUGAAUAUUCUGAAGUCGAUUAAUGAUCCCAUCCAUGGUUAUAUGCAAUUUGAAAAGUGGGCAAUAAAAUUUAUAGAUACACCACACUUUCAAAGAUUGCGUGAUAUCAAGCAAUUAGGAACUGCUUUCUAUGUUUUUCCAGGUGCAACUCAUAGUCGUUUUGAACACAGUUUGGGAACGGCACACCUUGCUUAUACCUUAACCAAAAAACUACAGGAACAACUUCGAAAUGAAAAGAGACAGCAGCGAAAUGAAGCGAAAAAACGACUACGUCUAAGUGGAAGUGAUAAUGAUAGAUAUGAAAAUUAUGAUGAUGGAAGUGAAAAUGAUGAAAAUGAUCUUAGAAAUCUUAAAUGUGUGACUUUAGCUGCUUUGUGUCAUGAUCUAGGACAUGGACCAUAUAGUUAUCUGUUUUACCGUGACUUGAUUGGAAACCGCUUAAAGGACGAAAAUUGGGACCCUAAGGAUGGAUCUAUAAUGAUGUUUGAAGAUAUUAUUAAAAAUCUCAUCAAGUUGGAGUCUAUCGAAUUGAAAAAGGAGGAUGGGGAAUUCAUCAAAGCGCUUAUUAAGGGUGAAACAACGUUAUUAGACAAAAGUAAUAAAAGACCAGAGUACCUAUUUGAUAUUGUCAACAAUAAACGUAAUUCUAUAGAUGUUGACAAAUUUGAUUACCUUGCACGAGACUGUUAUUAUUCAGGA